GUGCCUCGAUGACUCCUGGGGUCGCCGUGUGUCGCGCGGCUCGGUGGUCUCGGUGGGCCCCACCGGGGGGCAGCUGCUGCGAUGUGCCUGCGCGCGAGAGGAGAGGACAGAACGAGACGAGGAGACGCUCGCGCUCUGCCACGUUGGAGCUGCCACCGGCUCCCCGCUCGCCCCGGGCUCCGCCUGAGCUUCAAGUGUCUGAAGGGCGGCUCGCGUCCUCCUCUUUAAGCGAGAGGAGGACGAAGGCCGACGAAGCGAGGCACCGAGGACGGCGUCGGCAAUUUGUUUCCUCAAUUUGUUUCGUGGCAUCGAUCGGCAUCGUGGCACCGCACCAUCCCCCGCCUGCGAUCAAUUUACCUCGUUGGGCUUUCCUGCUCGAGUUUGAGUUCCGAUCGAUCUGGAGAGAGAGCGCGUCGUGCUUGUGCUGAGGAGAUUGCAGGUUUGGUGUUGAGAUUGGUGGCACGGCAGCAGCAGCACGGCGGGCGGGAUCUCGAGUUUGGUUGGGUGAUCUCCGGGAUUCGGUAUGGUGAGGGGAUUCGUGCAGGAGCAUGUGUACAAGCACCCGUGGGAGCGAGUAACUGCUGCUAACUGGAGAAAGUAUUCCGAUCCGGAACACAAGUCGCAGCUGUCUCACGUUCUUGAAGUCGAUACCAUUGAUAGGAAGCUGGACUCUGAAGCCGGCCAAUUGCACUGCACGCGGGUGAUAACGGUGAAUGCUCCCGGUCCAUGGUGGCUUCAAAGGGUUUUGGGAGGAAGCGUGUGCCAUUGCCUGGAAAAUUCGACCGUCGACGGGAAGAAUCGGACCAUGGAGAUGGUGAGUAGAAAUGUGACCAUGAAAGAUUUUGUGGAAGUCGAAGAGAGGUGCUCCUAUUCGCCCCACCCCGAGAACCCGGACUGGACGGUCUUCAAGCAGGAGACCAACAUCCGCUGCGCCACGCUGUCCGUGUUAGCGACAAUGGCGGAACGCAUCGAACAACGGUGCGUGGAAAACUUUCAGAAAAACAGCUUCCGAGGCAGAGAGGUGAUGGAACGAGUAUGUUCUUUCAUGGAGAAGGAGUCCGCAAGCAUGUAAAUCUUGGACAUAUGGCCGAAGGCUUGAUAUUGAGGCUCUGGGACCGUAGGCGCCUCGAGGACGAGGUUUUGUUAGGCUUUACCGAAAAAAGUUGUUGGCAUACCAUUCUUUCGUGAACUGAUAGAAUAGGUAGGAUUCAGUAAUUUGCUCUAGCUGGAUGCUGACCAAACGAAUUUGAUUAUUUGCCAUCGUUAUCCUGCCGCACAUUGAAAGAUUAGAUAGGCCCGGCCGGUGUGCGAAGCUGCCAAUUAUUGCCGUGCGUUUUUUCUGAGCGGAAUCAUGAAAAGAGAUUAAUUUUGGAUCUCCAUUCAAAGAUAGGAGGCCUGUUAUUUCGCCGAUUACGAAGAAGAUCAUUUGAUGUCAAUAAACGAAACCGAAGGGCAGUCAGUUAACCCUGCACUCUGGCACAAGUGAAGGGUUUUAGUCUCCCUGGCUUUUAGCAGUAACCGUGAAGCGAAUUAUAUGAUGCUUGUCAGUUUUUUCCUCUUCGUUCUUCUCCAUAGACAAAGGUGUGCGCCAGGUGAAGGCUAAGAUCGCUGCCGUUACAGCGAAGACCUUCUCAGCCUACGAAACACGUUUGAUCACGAUGAUAUUUGUGACAAGCAGGUCAUUCUAGGAAACGGAUGUGAGGACGACAGCGGUCAUGAAGCCUGAGCAGCCGUCGCAGGUCGUCACUCUAUGAGGUGAUCUCGGCAGUCCAACCAAGAUCUGGCUUUCGUGGGGAACGAGUUAAGGCUGCAAGUAUACAUCUGCUGGCAGAUGCGUGCGUGUAGGUGUAAUUCAGUGUACCCGGUGGAGGACAGAAGUGACCUGCCCCUCUGCCGUAGAUUGAAAGUCUUCUCACCAUAUUGAAAUCGAACUAUGGAAAGGUCUGUCCAUACGUAGUGCAGAGGCAUGUGAGCACCCUCUCUGUCAUCAACUUCGAGCGAUGGAAAGCUAUUGGCCGUCGUGAGGAAAUCCCGAAUCCCGCAGCUCUUUGUUCAAAAGAGUCACUUGUGCGGCCUGUGGAAAGAGGGACACGUCGGAGAAAUGAUGCCUCACUGCACAGGUCUCUCUCGGGUAAGGAAGAGCGAGAGGAAGCUGUGAGUGCGUUCUUCGCACUUGCCGUUUGCUCUCGCAGGCAAGAUUUAUAUUUCAAAAGAUUAUUCUUCACUUUCGGUUAUCGGCAAGAACACAAUUCGAUGUCUAUCUUUCGGGCGAAGCUGUCAACAAAGGCCAACUUUCUCCUCAACGAACAGGAUUACAUUCUGGCAUAUAGAUGAUGUAUCGUGAUGAAAACGAAACAAACUCAAGAAAGACUUGUUGUUAAAAGCUGUUGUACUUUUAUAGAGCGAUUGUGUGGAACAUUUGUCUACUGAGGGACUUAAGCUGGCGAAAAAACUUUGGAGCGAACGAGAGGUCAGCACCAAUUAUUAAAGUUUUGAACGAUCGAAAAUAAAAACAUUGUCAGGACUUUUAUUUCAACU